UGUUACAAAUAUGACCCUGAAGGGUGGCACCAGUCAAGCCUGUGCAGCUUGCAAAUACCAACGACGAAAGUGCCAUGCUGAGUGCCCUUUAGCUCCUUAUUUCCCUCCUGACCAACCUAAAAUGUUUCAAAAUGCUCAUAAACUAUUCGGUGUUCGCAAUAUCUUGGGUAUUUUAAAGAAUUUAGACCCUGAUCAAAAGACUGAAGCAAUGCGUUCCAUUAUUUACCAAGCUGAUAUUCGUGAUCGGUAUCCUGUUCAUGGUUGUUUGGGCAUUAUUUGUCAACUAGAGUACAGAAUUUGGCAGACUGAAGAGGCGCUUCGUGCUGUUCAUCCACAACUAGAGAUGUAUAGACAUCAUUAUCAUUAUCAACAAGAAGAUGUGCCUUCACAACUUGAAUUGGGCAUGGCUCCUCCUAAUAAUAAUAACAGCAAUUCCCUUCCACUUUUCAAUCAGACUCCACAUGCUUUGCCUCUUUCUGGCUCAUAUUCUUCUAUUAAUAACAACUCCACAACUGACAUGGAUUCCAAAGAUAAUGCUGUUAAUUCUAUGUGGAUUCAACAUCAAUAUGCUACUCCUACCACCAACAAUUCCAAUUCUAUAGCCAUUCAAUCUCAUCAACCUUUGGCCAUUCAGCAAGAGGUUAUUCAUGAUUACGAUGAGAUGCAUCCCUUUUUUGAUACCAUUGAUGACAGACAAUCAUACAUUGAUUCUAAGGAGGCUUACGACUCAAGUUCGGAAGAAUCGCUGAAAGAUACAACACAAUCGAUUGAGCACGUUGCAGAAAAUGAAUUGAAGAGUGCUGCUGCAUGCUUCAGUCUGAUCAGUAUCAAUAGAUAA